UCUGGCAUUGUUUGCACUUUGUUUUCCACUGGAACAGUUUGUAGACGACUAAUAAAAUGCCUGUGAGCUUCUGUGGAACAUGGGACAUGGUCAGCAAUGCCAACUUUGAAGGAUACAUGAUUGCUUUAGGGAUCGGCCUGUACACCCGCAAGAUCGCCCUAAAGCUAAAACAGCGUAAAGUGAUUGAGCAGCUCGGGGAUCGAUAUGUGGUCAAGACUCUCAGCACUGUCAAAAACUACACUUUCUCAUUCAGAGUCAAUGAGGAGUUUCAAGAGUUCACCAAGGGACUGGAUGACAGACACUGCAAGUCUGCGGUGUCAUGGGAGGGGAACAAGCUGGUUUGUGUUCAGAAGGGUGAGAAGAAGAACAGAGGCUGGGCACACUGGAUUGAGGAUGACAAACUUCAUUUGGAGUUGCACUGUGAAGAUCAAGUCUGCAAGCAAGUGUUCAAGCGGGUGAUCUGAGGUCCUGCUGCUGCUGCAGAUGCUUAAAAAGUGCACUGGUGUAAACAACGUUUACGCUUCAGAGUCAGAGUAAUAUGAGGCGAGGGGGGAAAUUAAAAGUUUCAACUUGUGCCUCAAAACCUGACUAGCGGCGGCCUGCACACUGAAGCUGAAUGUGUUUAGGAGCAGGAUUUGAAGUGCUUUUCCGUUAGAGGGCGCUAUAAGACCAAGAACAAACAGACUCACGUCAACAGUAGUUUACCCACAGGAAACACUGCAUGUUGACAGAAGUUGUGACACUAUUGCCUAAUCAUGUUUACAUGUAAUACAAGAGCCGCAGUCACAAACAUAUAGAGUUAUUCUAUCACCAGGAUCUGUCUAAUAAAAGAACAAGCAUCUUUUGAAUAUGAAUUUUGUAAGACACUUUUUGUUUAUUGUUUGUUAAGCUUUACUUUUGGUUAAGGCAUAGUCUAUGAUGCCUACAUAUACAUGUUGUUAAUUUGAUUACUUGAAAUCUUUUUUUUUUUUACUGUAUUUGAAAGCCUAUUAUUGUGCAAUAAAUUUUGAAACAAGUUA